CGAGCGUUCCGUGACAGACGGAGCAGAGCACACUUUAACAUGUAUCCUGACAGCUGGCCAUUUCCCCAUUACACAGACUUUAACAGCAAUCAAAUCAAGCAAUAAAAUUAUCUUUUGGGAUUCUUAUCGACUCAGAAAUCGAGCCUUACAGUGCACCAUCUGUUGAUCAACUAAACAUCGACUGCAACAGGGUAUGUUUUGGCCAGUUGCCUGUCUGCACUAAAACAAGGGUUCAAAAGUCCUCGGCUGACUCACCGUUGGCAGUCCGGAGACACAGUGCGGCUAACUGCCUCUCUCGCAAGUACAGUCUACGAAAACUGUGUAGGCUGCAUCAGGUUUCAGUAUCGAUGACUGAGGAGUUCAACAUGACUUACAUCAACAGCUCCCUGUUGAUGAUACGACAGCACUGAACUCGUCCGCCUUCACCAUGUCCGAGUAUCCCGAGGGAGACAGUCCUCUACUUCAGCUGCAGGAAGUGGACUCCAGCAGGGUGGGAGGUCAUGUCCUCUCUCCUGUCUUUAACUCCUCCUCUCCAUCCCUGCCAGUAGAGAGCCACCCCAUCUGCAUCCCAUCACCCUACACAGACAUCGGCCAUGACUUCACCACCCUGCCCUUCUACAGUCCCGCUUUGCUGGGUUACGGCACAUCGCCUCUGUCCGACUGCCCAUCAGUGCGGCAGUCGCUAAGCCCCACCCUCUUUUGGCCACCUCAUAGCCACGUUUCCUCAAUUGCAUUGCAUCAGCAACAGACUCGACUACAACAAAACCAUCCAGCUGGUGGGACUUGGGCAGAACUUACACCACAUGAUCACAGCGAAGAGGAAAACUGCAAACCACUUGCAAAGAGGGUAGCAGAUGCAGAAGAAACUUCUACCCCUUUGAGAGGUAAAGCUGACAUGCACUACUGCGCCGUCUGUAGCGAUUACGCCUCUGGGUAUCAUUAUGGUGUGUGGUCGUGUGAAGGAUGCAAAGCCUUCUUCAAGAGAAGUAUACAAGGACACAAUGACUACAUCUGCCCUGCCACCAACCAGUGCACCAUCGACAAGAACCGCCGCAAAAGCUGCCAGGCCUGCCGUCUGCGAAAAUGUUAUGAAGUUGGAAUGAUGAAAUGUGGGUUACGCCGAGAUCGUGGCAGCUACCAACAAAGAGGAGCGCAGCAGAAGCGAUUGGCUCGAUUCUCUGGCAGGAUGAGAACAUGUGGCCCGAGAUCUCAAGAAAUCCAAAGUGUCCCAUGUCCCCUCGGUGGAAAUAAGGUGGUUAGCAUAGCGUUGAGCCCUGAGGAACUAAUCGCUCGAAUCAUGGAUGCAGAGCCACCCGAGAUUUACCUCAUGAAAGACAUGAAGAAGCCAUUCACUGAGGCCAACGUCAUGAUGUCACUGACCAACCUGGCUGACAAAGAGCUCGUUCACAUGAUCAGCUGGGCCAAGAAGAUCCCAGGUUUUGUGGAGCUCAGUCUUUUUGACCAGGUCCAUUUGUUGGAGUGCUGCUGGUUAGAGGUGCUGAUGCUGGGACUGAUGUGGCGAUCCGUUAAUCACCCUGGAAAGCUCAUUUUCUCCCCAGACCUCAGUCUCAGCAGGGACGAAGGAAGCUGUGUGCAGGGGUUUGUGGAGAUCUUUGAUAUGCUGCUGGCAGCCACGUCUAGGUUCAGAGAACUGAAGUUACAGAGAGAGGAGUACGUGUGUCUCAAAGCCAUGAUCCUGCUCAACUCCAACAUGUGCCUGAGUUCGUCGGAGGGAGGAGAGGAGCUGCAGAGCCGGUCGAAGCUGCUGUGUCUGCUGGACUCGGUGACGGAUGCUCUGGUGUGGGCCAUCUCCAAGACGGGCCUGAGCUUCCAGCAGCGCUCCACCAGACUAGCUCAUCUGCUCAUGCUGCUGUCCCAUAUAAGGCACCUCAGUAACAAAGGCAUGGACCACCUCCACUGCAUGAAGAUGAAGAAGAUGGUUCCUCUGUAUGACCUGCUUCUGGAGAUGCUGGACGCUCAUAUCAUGCACAGCUCCCGUCUGUCUCACUCCGGCCCUCGAGCGGCUCCUGUUCCCAAAGAGAGCAAAGCCGUCCAGGAGGCCUUCGCAUGCACUUCUCAGCAUGGAGGGACCUCAGGACCCUGAACCAUUUCUGGAGUGUUGCCAGCUAACAUUCUUCCAUAAAUCGUAAAAUAACUACAAGCUGAAAAACUAUCACAUUAAAUUGCUCUUCUUUCUCUCCACCGCUGAAGAAUGAUCUAUAUUUUCGGGAGAAUGGACAACAAAACCAGCCACGCAAAAAGAGUGGAAAAGGAUUUCUCAAGAUGAAAAACAUUUUUCUUUUUAAUUUAAUUAUUUGUUUUCAUUUUCAAUUGUUUGGUUUUAUGUAGCCAGAACCACAAACAAUAGAGAAAAAAGAAAUUAAAUUUUUGCAAAACCUUAACAAUUGCUGGUGGUUUGAAAACCAGUUACUAUUUGUUUCGAAUUUGAAUUUCAAUGUAACAUGCAGUGAGAUAUCUGACAGUGUUACCACAUGCACCCAUUCCCAUGAAAUCUGUGCCACAAUGAAAUGUACAGUUUCUAUUUUACCAUUUUCUCUUUCUAAACAGUAUAUUUGCAACUCUUGCUUUUUGUAAAAGAAAAAACAGCAUCACACUGAUGCCUCAACUGAAGCAUCUGCUGUAGAUAGAGCGACUAUCGACGACAUUGUCAGAACAAACAGAUCAGAUUCCUUCACUUGCAAAACAACAGAAUGGACAGUCAUUGCUAAAAAUGAGAGCGGUUUGUAUGCAAUGGGAGCAGAGACUAAAUUCUGGACCAAAGUCUCAGAAGCAAUGAAUCAAGCCUUUUUAUUCUCUGUCAGAACAAGGACUUGUGAAUUUCACACGCAGUAGGGCCUAAUUCAGGACAGCUGGAUGUUUUGUGUGCAUCUAUUACUUUUGACAAAACAGAUUACGCUUAAAGAACUUCUUUCGUCCUGCUCUCUACCCAGUAAACCCCUUUAACACCAUAACGGCCUUGUACAAAACAUUUAUACAUUUUCUAGAGACAGCUCAAUCUAUUGCUAUUCCACUGUGAAAACCUAUAUUUGUGAGAUGCACCACAACUACCAAAAAAAGUACUUGUGAUAUUGCACUUUAAUAGUUCUGUGAAAUAUCUGAAGCCCUAUCAUGAGAAUCAUUCUACAUAUAUAUAUUGCAGUGCCUACAGUGAUUAGAACAAAAAAAUAGUAACUGGAUUAAUCGAUAUAAAACCAAACCUACCUUAAAGAUUUGAAGAUAAAGGUAGAUCUUACAAGUACUUAAUUUUAAUGAACGCACAGAUUAUUUAUAAAUGUUAUUGUAUCUGCCGGCAGCCAUCUGAAUCGUAAUGGAUUUGAUAUGAAGCUCUAAUAUUGAUUUUACUAUUUUUAGCAACGAAGCAUGAAAAACCAGCUGUAAUACAGAUUUGUUGUAGACAAUGUUUAUUUUUAAACAGCAAAGUUUAAUUUGUAAAAUGUUUUCGAAAUUUACUUUCUGUACACAUCUUUGUGUUCUGCCUUGCAGUGCAUAUAUAUGUAACACUGUUAUUUACACAGGGGUGUAUUAAAAUGUUUCCAUGUGCAUUUGACAUUUUAUUUAUUUA